AUGGCUUCCUCAAAAGUCCUUCAUCUCGCCCUCUUGGCCCUUCUCCCCUUCUCCUUCGCUGCACCAGCUCCAAGUCCUGCCAUCGAAGCGGUGCCAAGCUCCAAUGAAGCAGUCGACUGGAUUCCCAUUGAGUGGAAAGGCCACACGCUAUAUGUCAACAGUGCAGCUCUGAUCGACACCACAGUCAACUCUGCCGAGAAAGUCAAGCGAACUCUCACACCACGAGAUGGAGGCGGAGAGAGGUGUGGAGCCAGCAAUGGUUUCAGCGGUAUUCCAGCGCCGUGGGCGGUUGUGAAUGAUUGCUGGGUCAUUCAUGAUUAUGGUAGAGAUCAUGACACGUACUACGGCGUAUGGGACCACACUUCUUCAACUCAUCCCGUCUUGACCGCUGGAUCCUGUGUCUUCGAAGCGGGCACCAAAAACAUUUACAAGACAUACCUCGGAACAAAAGACAUCGCCGACGUCACUUUCAAUGCGAUCAAAAACCUCGGGAACAAUGGGCAGGUUGGAGCUCAGGGAAGUAUGGGCUGUGAAAAUACAGGGGAGCUCACAGGUUCGAAGGUCAACUGGAAAGUCAAACAUAGUUGA